AUGUCGACACCCACCCGACGACGUCUUAUGCGUGAUUUCAAGCGUCUUCAAAGCGAUCCCCCAGGUGCCCCAUGUCCAGACAAUAUCAUGAUGUGGAACGCUGUUAUCUUUGGUCCUUCCGAUACCCCCUUUGAAGAUGGCACAUUCAAGCUGGUGCUUCAAUUUGAUGAAACCUAUCCCAACAAGCCUCCUUCUGUCAAGUUUGUGUCAAAGAUGUUCCAUCCCAAUGUCUAUGCAAACGGCGAAUUGUGUCUUGAUAUCCUUCAAAAUCGUUGGAGUCCUACUUAUGAUGUCGCUGCCAUUCUCACCAGUAUUCAAUCGCUGCUGCACGAUCCCAACCCCAACUCACCUGCCAAUGCCGAAGCUGCCAACCUUUAUCGUGAAAAUAGAAAGGAGUAUGUGAGGAGAGUGCGUGAAACCGUCGAGUCUUCCUGGGAGUAA